AUGGACACGACGAUGGACGAACGAGAGAGAGAAGCACACAGAUCGCCUGAAAAACGCUCUCAAAUAAUCGUUGCUGACACCGAUCUGUCGUGUCGCCGUCCAGCCGAUCGCGUUCGCCAGCGAUGGCGAUUCGACACUGAUCGUGCUCGUGAGACUCGGCCGCGAACAAUGAAUUAUCAGCGAGAUACCUUA